AUGGCUGGAGGCGUCAGCAAAGCUGUCACUAACGCCAUGGACAUUGGUGCAAACAGUUUUGCUCUUUUCCUCAAAUCUCCAAGAAAAUGGGUAUCCCCAGAUAUCAAGGAUGAGGAAGCCAACGAAUUCAAGAGACUAUGCGAAAAGUACGGAUAUAACCCACGUACAGACGUGUUGCCACAUGGAUCAUACUUUAUUAACCUCGCUAAUCCCGAUCAGGAGAAGGCUGAGAAGGCUUAUGGUGGAUUCAUCGACGAUUUGCGUCGGUGUGAGAAGUUGAAUAUUGGCCUCUACAACUUUCACCCAGGCUCUAGUUUGGACGGUGAUCAUGGUGAUGCCUUGAAACAGUUGGCAAAGAAUAUCAAUAGGGCUAUUCAGGAGACUUCUUUUGUUAAGAUUGUCAUCGAAAACAUGGCGGGACAUGGAAAUUUGAUUGGAUCCAACUUACAAGAUAUCAGAGACGUGAUAGACUUGGUAGAAGACAAGUCGCGUGUGGGAGUCUGUAUCGAUACCUGCCACACGUUUGCUGCCGGGUAUGACAUCUCGACCCAAGAUAAGUGGGAUGCAUUCUGGAAACAGUAUGAGGAAGUCAUAGGGUAUGAGUACUUAAGUGCUAUACAUCUCAACGACUCGAAGGCGCCAUUGGGAGCCAACAGAGAUUUGCACCAGAAGUUGGGUUAUGGUUUCUUGGGACUCGAGGCAUUUAGAAUAGUGGCCAACGAUAAGAGACUCCAAGGAAUCCCAAUUAUUUUGGAGACCCCAGUGGGUAAGGACGAUUCUAUUUAUGGAGAGGAGAUCAAGCUAUUGGAAUGGCUUGAGGGAAAAAGCACUGAUGACUCUGAGUAUUUGGAGAAGCUGGAGUCCUUGGCAAAGCUUGGAGCUACUGAGCGUGCUGAGCACUUGAAGAAGUUUGAAGUGAAAACAGCAAAGAAUGAAAGGGCAAAGAAGCGUGGAGGCGACAUCCUGGCACUUUUGAAGAAGGGAAAGAGAACCAAAAAGGAGGAGAAGGAUGAGGCGGAGGUGAAGGAUGAGGUGAAGGAGGAGUAG